UUCUAUACUAUUCACUCUCUCUAUUUCAUCAUCAUGAAGAAUCUGAAAGUAAAGAUGUUUAUGUUUGUGAUGAGUGUGGUGUUGCAGGUUGCUUAUGGACAACACCAUAUCAGAUGCCUUCCAAAACAGAGGGAAGCACUCCUUCAAUUCAAGGCUGCCAUUGUUGAUCACAACGGCAUGCUCUCCUCUUGGACCACUCCCGACUGUUGCCAAUGGGAGGGGAUUCGCUGCACCAACCUCACCGCUCAUAUUAUAAGCCUCCACCUUUCUGGACAGUAUAAUGAAUAUUUUUCUCUUGGCGGUUAUUAUGCAGGCUCUUGGCGUUACAUCAGCGGAGAGAUCCACAAGUCGUUAAUGGAGUUACGACACUUACAGUAUUUGAACCUCAGUUUCAAUUAUUUUCGAGACACUAAUAUUCCAGAGUUUCUUGGCUCUCUUACCAACUUGAGAUAUCUUGAUCUCUCUUCAUGUCAUUUUAGCGGACAAAUUCCAACUCAGAUAAGUUCUCUUUCUCAUUUGAAAUAUUUGAAUCUUGCUGAUAAUAAUUAUCUGAAUGGUUCAAUACCUCGUGAACUUGGAAAUCUCUAUCGGUUGGAGUAUCUUGAUCUAAGCUACAAUUCUUUUGAGGGAAGUGUGCCAUCUCAGAUCGGAAAUCACUCUCGGCUGCGGUAUCUUGAUCUCAGCUACAAUUCUUUUGAAGGAUACAUUCCUUUCCAACUAGGAAACCUUUCAAAUUUGAAUAAACUCUAUCUUGGAGGAUAUGAUAGUGCUCUCAAAAUUGUCAGUAGUGAUCAAUGGUUAUCUAAUCUUAAUUCUUUAACCCAUCUUUCCUUCAUUUCCAUAUCUAAUUUUAACAGUUCUCCUAGCUGCCUUCGAACCAUUGCCAAGCUACCAAAACUAAGAGAACUGAGUUUAAUUGAAUGUGGACUUUCCGAUCAUUUCCUCCUUUCAUUCAACCCUUCGAACUUCAAUUUUUCUACUUCUCUAUCUGUCCUUGAUCUUUCUAGUAACUCCUUCACACAACCGAUGAUAUUCCCGUGGCUGUCAAACACCACUUCCAACCUUGUUGAGCUUGACCUUAGUUGGAACCUCUUGAAGGGUUUGACAUCAAAUCAUUUUGGCUUGGCCAUGAAUUCGCUUGAGCACCUUUACCUGUCUGGAAAUGUGUUCAAGGGUGAAGAUUUGAAAUCAUUCAUGAAUAUAUGCACCCUACGUUCAUUAUACAUGUCUCGAAACAAUAUGACCGAAGACCUUUCGUCAAUUCUUUAUAAUUUCUCCAGUGCUUGUGUUAGAUACUCACUACAAGAGUUGAGUUUGACACACAACCAAAUCAGAGGCUCCCUACCUGACCUUUCAGCAUUUUCAAAUUUAAAAAAGUUGGAUCUUUUUGACAAUCAAUUGAGUGGGAAGAUAUCUGAAGGCACUAGAUUGCCAUCUCAUUUGGAGCAGUUGUCAAUUGGAUCUAACUCUUUAGAAGGUGGUGUUCCAAAAUCAUUUGGGAGCUCAUGUACUUUGAAGUUAUUGGAUUUGUCUGAUAAUAAGUUGAGUGAAGAUCUAACAGUGAUAUUUAAUCAUUUGUCUGGAUGUUCUAGAUACUCACUACAAGAGUUGAGUUUGAGAAACAAUCAAAUCAAAGGCACCGUAUCCGACCUUUCAGUGUUCUCAUCUUUAAAGAUAUUGGAUCUUUCUGACAAUCAAUUGAGUGGGAAGAUACCUGAAGGCACUAGGUUGCCAUCUCAUUUGGAGCAGUUGUCAGUUAGCUUUAACUCUUUAGAAGGUGGUGUUCCAAAAUCAUUUGGAAGCAUAUGUACAUUGGAGUUAUUGGAUUUAACUUUGAACAAGUUGAGUGAAGAUCUAACCGUGAUAUUUAAUCAUUUGUCUGGAUGUUCUAGAUACUCAUUGCAACAUUUAGAUCUGAGUAUGAAUCAAAUUAGUGGUACUUUGCCUAGCAACCUCGCCACAAUGUUCCCAUCAUUAAAAGCAUUGUUCCUUCAUAUUAACAAGCUAAAUGGGACAAUUUCUGAAGAUCUUCGAUUUCCAGCAGAACUUGAGGUAUUAUACUUGACGUCAAACUCUUUGAAAGGUGUGUUAACUGACUCUCAUUUUUAUAAUAUGACAAAGUUAAGGAUAUUGACGUUGUCAGAUAACUCAUUGACGUUAGAAGUUAGUCAAAAUUGGGCUUCAACUUUUCAAUUAAAUACUAUAGAAUUGAGGUCUUGCAAGCUUGGUCCAUUGUUUCCCAAAUGGCUAGAGAAACAAAACGAGUUUCAAUACCUUGACAUUUCAAACAGUGGAAUAUCAGGUACCGUUCCAAAAUGGUUUUGGACCAAAUUUGGAUUGUCAAAUCAGAUGAGUAUUAAUAUUUCAUGCAAUAAUUUACAAGGUACGAUUCCAAAUUUGCCAAUAGAGAAUUAUUAUCAUUCUCUUAGUCUUGCAUCAAAUGAAUUUGAAGGUCAUGUUCCACCAUUUUUACGAGGCUCAAUAUUUCUUGAUCUAUCAAACAAUAAAUUCACAAAUUCUUUUUCAUUUUUGUGCUCAAGUGGUGUAGCUGAAAAUUUAUACCAAUUAGACCUUUCAAAUAAUAAGUUUUCUGGACAAAUUCCAGACUGUUGGACCCAUUUUAAGUCAUUGGUUUACUUAAAUAUGAGUCAGAACAAGUUUUCAGGAGAGAUUCCUUCUUCAAUGGGAUCACUCCUUGAACUUCAAGUUUUGUUAUUGAGAAGCAAUAAUUUAACAGGUAAAAUCCCUUCCGUCUUGAAGAAUUGCACACAGUUGGUGAUGGUAGACAUAGCAGAAAAUAGAUUAUCAGGAUCUAUCCCAAAUUGGAUCGGGAACGAAUUAUCGCAGUUGCAAUUUUUAAGCUUAAGAAGCAACUAUUUCCGUGGGAGUUUACCGUUACAAAUUUGUUAUCUAAAACGCAUUCAACUCUUAGAUCUCUCGCAAAACAAUCUAUCUGGAGAAAUUCCUACAUGCAUAAAAAACUUUUCCUCAAUGGCUCAAAUGACUUCUUUGAGAGAUUAUGAAAGUCAUUAUUAUUUGGUCAACACUAGUUUUAGCUCAGGUGACUAUUCAUAUGAUUUGAAUGCAAUCUUGAUGUGGAAAGGUUCAGAACAAAUGUUCACAGACAUGGGAUUAUCACUUUUAAAAAGCAUUGAUCUCUCCAGCAAUCAAUUAUCAGGAGAAAUUCCAAAAGAAAUAGAGGGUUUAUUUGGAUUGGUGUCAUUGAAUUUAUCAAAAAACCAAUUGACAGGAAAAAUUCCUUCAAACGUUGGAAAGUUAACAUCACUUGAAUUUCUUGAUUUGUCACAAAACCAACUUGUUGGUUCUAUUCCUUCAAGUCUUGCUCAAAUUGAUCGACUCACUCUGUUAGAUUUGUCACAUAAUUAUUUAUCUGGAAAAAUUCCAAUUGGCACACAAUUACAGAGUUUCGAUGCAUCAAAAUAUGAAGAUAAUACCGAUCUUUGUGGACUACCAUUAGAGAAAUUGUGUAUUGAUGGAGAACCAAGACAACAACCAAUUGUUAAAUUUCAAGAGGAUGGGGUUUUCAAUCAUGAAUAUUAUAUAAGUAUGACAAUUGGUUUUGCUAUAAGCUUUUGGGGAGUGUUUGGCUCAAUCUUAAUAGUACAUUCUUGGCGUCAUGCAUAUUUCAAGUUCUUAAAUAAUUUAGGAGACACUCUUUAUGUCAUGACAACAGUGAAAGUUUUCAGAAUCUGCUACAAAACAUAGCUGCAGAGGAAAUCUGGAUUAUAGGAGUGUAAGUGAAAAAAUGGAAUUGUUGUUGAAGAUUAGAAUGAUUGUGAGGGUAUCAUGCUCAAAGGACAUAAAGAAAACAGAGGAAAGAGGUACUCUGGAGAUCGAUAACUGAGGAAGAUUUCUAAACAUUUAUUUUCUUUAAAUGUUUCUUUCUUCUCAAUUUUUAUUUUGUAAUGGUUGUUCAGGAAGCCUAUUGUGAUUGUGAUCUUUUUUUUUCUAAAUACUUUGUUUAUAUCUUAAGCCUUUCCUGUGAAGUUACUAUCAUACAAUAAUUUGAUGAAUCUUCAAAACGUUAGAAAUGACAUAAUUAUUUUGAGUCAUGUUCUUUGAUUAUGGAAAACUAAUA